AUGGCUAAAAAGAAACAGAUGGAGCCACAACAAACCCCUAAAAACGACACCGUAUCAGCCCCUUCCAGCGUUUUCGAUGUCCUCUUCGGCAACGCGCCGGAACAGAUAACCGGCACCGCCGCUUCUCUCUUUUCCGAUGACAACCCCUAUAAGAGAAAGCCUCCACAACCCGCUCUUAUUUCCGACGUUACCGAUCACACUCCAAACCCAGAAAACGGCGUCGUAGAUGAGAAGAAGCGAAAGAGGAACAAAGAGAAAAGCCCCGUGCUUGAUUCAAAUUCUGCAAUUCAAGUUUCAGAGAAGAAGAAAAAGAAGAAAAGCGGUUUGAACGAGAAGGAAGGUGAAGAGAAAGAGGUUAUUUUGGAGGUAGAAGCGAUUGGGACGAAGAAGAAGAGGAAGAGGGAUGAGGUUGAGAAAGAGUGGGAGGAGAAGAAGUAUGGGAUUGUUCAGGGAGGAGAUAGAGAUGAAAGGGAAGGGUUUGAGGAGGAAAAGGUUGGGAGCAAGAGAAAAGUGCGUGAUAAUCCAGCAGAUAUUAUGGUUUCAAAAGAAGGUUUUGAUGACGAAGAUAAGCUUUUGAGGACUAUUUUUGUUGGGAAUUUGCCUCUUAAGGUGAAAAAGAAGACUUUGUUGAAGGAGUUUAAGAAUUUUGGUGAGGUUGAAUCUGUUAGGAUUCGCUCUGUUCCUUUACAAGAUACUAAAAAGCCUAGAAAGGGAGCCAUCCUUGCGAAGAAGAUCAAUGAAUCGGCUGAAAGUGUCAAUGCUUACAUUGUUUUCAAAACUGAGGAAUCUGCCCAGGCUUCAUUGUCCCACAACAUGACUAUGGUUGAAGGAAACCACAUUCGUGUUGACAGAGCAUGCCCGCCUCGCAAGAAACUUAAAGGGGAUAGUUCUCAACUUUAUGAUAGUAAGAGAACUGUUUUUGUGGGUAAUCUCCCAUUUGAUGUAAAGGAUGAAGAACUUUAUCAGCUAUUCGGUGGUAUACCCAAUCUAGAAUCAAGUGUAGAAGCUAUAAGAGUUGUUCGAGAUCCUCAUCUUAAUGUUGGAAAGGGAAUUGCUUAUGUGCUAUUUAAAACAAGGGAAGCUGCCAAUUCCAUUGUUAAUAAACGAUCCUUGAAUCUUCGAGAUCGAGCAUUGAGACUCAGUCGUGCUAACGCAAAUGCUGACGCUACUCCAUCUAAAAGGCCAUACACUCCAGCUGCACAAGCUCAUAGUACCCCUGCAAAGAAGUUUUCAUCUGCUUCAAAGUCUCCUUCAAGCAGUAAAAACGGGUCAAACAGAAAACCUACUGCAUCUUAUCAAGGUCUGCGUGCAACCAAAUCUGAUGUCCACAAGAAAAGUCAUGGUGGAGAAAAACCAAAAGAGCGCACAAAGAAAAGACCAACCGUAGCUGCCAGGAAGGCUAAAAUAAAAGUUCAGCAGGAGGGUGGUACACCCAAACAAGCGGGGUCAAAAGGUACACCAAAACAAGCAGGGUCAAAAGGUACACCAAAUCAAGCAGGGUCAAAACGCAAGUUUGAUAGCCGUACUCCUGAUAGCUCCCGGCGAGUUAUGAAAGCUCAAAAGAAGCGGUAG